CACAGACUCAAUGGCUUCCAGAUCAGAGGAGGAUCUCUGCUGUCAGGAGAGAGAUCAGAAAACUUCAGGGACUCUCUGCAGUCUGCACUCUGAGGAGCUCAAAAUCUUCUGUCUGGACCAUCAGCAGACUCUGUGUCUCGUUUGCUGUGUUUUAGCACAACACACCAAGCACAGAUUCACACCCAUCAAUGAAGCUGCACAACAACACAAGAAGGAACUUCAGGAAACUCUGGAGCCCUUAAAGGAGAAGUUAAAGGUUUGUGAAGAAGUUCAAGUGAAGUUUGAUCAAACAGCAGAACACAUUAAGGUCCAGGCCCGACACACAGAGAGGCAGAUUAAGGAGCAGUUUAAGAAGCUUCACCAGUUUCUAGCAGAGGAAGAGGAGGCCAGGCUGGCUGCACUGAGGGAGGAAGAGGAGCAGAAGAGUGGGAUGAUGAAGGAGAAGAUGGAGGCUCUGAGCAGAGAGAUAGCAGCUCUUUCAGACACAGUCAGAGCCACAGAGGAGGAGCUGAGAGCUGAAGACGUCUCAUUCCUGCACAACUACAAGGCUGCAGUGGAAAGAGUCCAGCGCUGCCCCCUGCUGGAUGAUCCACAGCUGCCCUCAGGAGCUCUGAUAGACCAGGCCAAACACCUGGGCAACCUGACCUUCAACAUCUGGAACAACAUGAAGUACAUGGUCUCCUACACUCCUCUCAUUCUGGACCCAAACACUGCUGAUCCAAACCUCAUCCUGUCUGAAGAUCUGACCAGUGUGAGAGGAGGAGAGAGGCAGCAGCUUCCUGAUAAUCCAGAGAGGAUUCAUUGGUUUUACUCUGUCCUGGGCUCUGAGGGCUUUUAUUCAGGGACUCACAGCUGGGAUGUUGAAGUUGGAGACAGUGCAUAUUGGGACCUAGGUGUGUUGACAAAGUCUAUGGGGAGGAAGAAAGAGUUAUGGUCUGAAUUAUGGAGAAUAGAGUUAUUUGAAAGCAAAUACUCAGCAUGGUCACCAUCAGCUGCUCUCACUGCUCUCUCAGUCCAGAAGAAGCUCCAGAGGAUCAGAGUGAAUCUGAACUGGAACAGAGGAAAGCUGUCGUUCUCUGAUCCUGAUACUAACACACACAUACACACCUUCAGAAACACUUUCACUGAGAAAUUGUUUCCAUAUAUUCGCACUCGUGAAGAAGUGAAAGUCUUGCCGUUAAAAGUGUCAGUGUCAUGGAGCAGAUGAGUUAUGGAUGUUAGG